UGCUAUAUUCAUUUUAUUAUAUUCUAUCCCACUAUAUAUGAGUUACUAGAUCUUACGGUUCGACCACAAGUCUGAUUCGGAUAUGAAAACUCAAUGAAAACAUUGUCCCGAACUGAAAUAAUAAUAAUAGAACAACUUUUAAAUAUUUUAGAUAUCUAAUAAUAAAUAUAAAUUCAUUUAAUAUUUGAGUUUACGGUCACCGAAAAAAUACCCGCGCUUCUUAAGCGCGGGUCAAAAUCUAGUUUUAAGUUUAUUUUGAUAGAUUUGUUUUUGAAGAUUUUAUAUUUUAAAAAAUAUUUAGCUAAAUGAUGCUGAUUUGGCAUAUUUUGGUAUCUAUACUAUUAUUUAAAAAGUGAAUUUGCUUACUUGUCAUCUUCUCCAUGAUUUUUGGAUAAGUCGUUUUUAUAAUUAAUUAUUAUUAUUAUUAUUUUAAUAUGUAUAUAUCUAUCAUUAUAUUUAAGAUAUUUAAUAAACAUUAACCUAUUUCUAUCGGUAUAUAUAUUAUUACUUAAAAAUAUAUUUAAUAUAUAUUUAUCAUGAUAUUUAAAAUAAUUAAUAAAAAUUUAAUCUAUUCUACGAUAAUUAAUUCAUAAUAUUUAGUUUAUGGUUUUAAUGACUAAUAUUAUGUUUAGUUUCUUUGACUAUUAUUUGUAAUAUCGUUAUAAGGAUACUAAAGAUAAUAUUAAAGGUGAUUUAUAUUUUAUUCUGAAAUAAAAGAAUUUUUAGUAAUAGUGACAUUUUUAGACUAACAUGUCAUAUAUAUAAUAAGCACAUGUUUAUUUUAUUUUUUUGAAGAUUUAAUAUUCUAAAAAAAGUAUUUCAAAAUAAUAAUUUAGUUUAAUUAAAAAUAAUUAUUCUGAUUAAAUCUUAUAUCUAAAUACUAUCAGAUAUAUACAUUUAAAAAUAUUCAAAUACGUAUCUGCACAUAAUAAAUAUAUAUAAAUCACGCACUCAUUCUAAGAAUUGCUAAGUAAAAAAAAAGUUAUUUACUAUGCAUAUAGAUUAAUAUUGUAUGUCAUUCACAUAAAAACUAGGUAAAUGUAUAAUACAUAUUUACAAUAGUAUAGUAGCGGUUAGUAUGUAUUGACAAUUCUAUCAAAUAAAUAAAAGUAAUAUUUUAUAUUUUGAAUAUUAAAAAGAUAAAAACAUAUUUUCUUAGAAACCAAUUUUGUCGUAUGCUGUAGAAUCUACCAGCCAUCCAAUUUUUUCUGACUGCUAAAAAUAUAUAUAGUGUAUUUUAUAAAAUGAAGGGUAUAAUUUACUUGCUUGAUAAAUUUAAAAUGUGAAAUUAAGAAGAAAAAAAUGCUAAAUUGCAAGAACUUUUUAGGACACUUUUUGUCUUUCAUAUCAAUACUAUUAAAGCAUGAUCCUAUUGUCAUAAUUACCUUAGUCUGCCCUUUUCUUCACUAACAUUGCAUGUUUCAUUAAGAGUAAUUAAGUAAUAUUAAUAACAAAUCUAUAUUGGGUCAUUAUUUUUGGAUCCAGCCCACAUCAAAUCUCUUUUGGGCCAUUUGGACCUAUUAAAAAAUCAGAUUCAAUUCUCACUUUUAUUUUUCUUUUGGGCCAUUGAAUCCAAGUUCAAAUAAUUUUUUUUCAACUAUUCUUAAUUAUUAUUUUUUUCUUUUCUUAAUAUAAUUUAAGCAUUCAUAAAAAUAAUUGAAUUUUUUUAUUGAAAAAUAUAAAUCUUUAUUAAAAGUAUAUAAUUUUUAAUUAAAAUAUUAACCCCAUGAUAAAAUUAAUUUAUCAGAUUUAUACCAACUUAAUUCAUUAAAAAAAUAAAUUUUAAUUUUUUAAACAUAAAUAAUUAUUUAAAAUGAAAUACGAUAAAUAAAGAUAAAUUUUUUAAGUCUUUUAUAAAAUAAAACACAAAUAUAUGAAAAUGUGACAUUUACUAAAUAUUUAUCAAUUGAAAAAAAAAACAAAAAUAAACUCGCGCUUCGCGCUUCAAAAUCUAGUUACAUAUUAAGAUACUUGUUGCUGGAGGCACACUUCUUCCUUGUGCAAUGUCCUACAUAUCCUCUAACUAACUACACUAUCUUCUAACUCUAACUCAUCUCACUUUCCCAACUAUAAGAAUUUUAUGUUUUUUGUUUUAAAAAUAAAUUGAUAAACCAAACAUUUUUUGAGUUUUCGAAACGGAACAUUUAUUCUAAAACAGAACAUUUAUUCUCUCUCCAUCUUUAUUUCUUUAUAAAUUCAGAUUCACUUUCUUAAUUUCCUAACCUCUUCUCCUUCAUCUUCAAUUUCAUAAUCUCCAUGAUUCUAGAGGUCUCGCCGCGAAUUUGAUUUCUCUCCUAGCCCUAAUUCCUCUCUCAUCACCUUUAUCCCCACUGGUAAACGAUAUCGGAGGUUACAGUGUGUGAGAUUUUGAUGUAGAAGACACAUGACUCCUCGCCUCUUAGGUUAUACCAGAACUUACGGUGUGUGAUUUUUUGAUGGAGAAGCUUUGGGAGAUGGACGUGGACAAGAGCCAAAUCCGAUUAGAGAAUUUUUCAUCACCGAUGAAACCUGCGGCGGAGGAAACAUGGCGGAGGAGACAUGAAAUCAGCGGUGGAAAAAACAAGAAAUUCACGGUAGAGGAGACAAAGGCUUAGAGCUGAUUUGACCGCAGAUUGAAGUCGUUAAACGAAGUUGUUUGUCUCUGCAGCGAUUUGAUGGGAUCUUGCUGGGACCAGGCCUUCAAUCUGGAAAAAUCUUUGAUGAUUCAAGUAAUUGAUGCAAAUGGCUUGUGGGUAUUAUUGUAUUAGGCAUGCGUCAACAACAGCUCUUGAAAUUGCACCAGACGUUGUCAUCAUGAACAAAAAAAAUUGCUUUGAUUCUUAAUUCAUGAAGAUCAAUAAACUUUGAUGUGGGUUCAUUUGUUUGAGAGAAAGCAAAAUGAGUUUUUGCAACUGUGGUGUCUGAAUUUUUGGUUAUUCAAGCUUUCACCCCAAGAUUCUUAAAAUAUGCAGAAAGGUUCUUUUGAUUAGCCACAAACUUUUAUUAGUGCACUUUAGACCCUAUUCAACUCAAAUGAACUUAUAUAUAUAUAUAUAUAUAUAUAUAUAUAUAUUGCACCCUAAGAUAUGUAUCUACAAAGAACCAUCCGCAUUUCAGUUACUCACAUGAACAUCUCUUUGUCCACAAUAUUAAUUCUCGCAUCCACAAUUUUUUUAUCCACACUUAUUUUGUCCACGUACACGAAACACAUGGACAAUAAAUUAUAAUUUGAAAAUUUUAGUUAAACAUUAAAGUAUAAAAUAUAUGGAUAUGGGUAUCAAAAUAAUAAGAAAAAAGUAAAUAAAUUUUUAUAUGGAUAUUAUAUAUUUAUUUAUAUAUUAGAAAUUGAAAUAAUAAUGAAUUAAACAUGAUAGGGUAAAAAAAGUACAAAUUGCCUUAGCCCUACGAUCUUCUUUUGCUUCCAUAUCCAACGGUAGAUAAGAAUCUCUUCUUUUAUAAACGUACUAACUAAAGUCUUGAAAUAGCAAUAGUCCUCCACCGUUGGAUUUUUUAAUCUAUUUCACAUCCAAUGGCUGUAAAUUGUUCAUUUUAUUUAUUAACCUACUUUCAUAACUCCGCCAGAAAAAGUUAAUUAAAUUUGGUCCCCACUAACUAAAUAGAAAAAAGACACAAUUACUUUUUUGAAUCAGAUCUCCCAGCGAAGGGCAGUUUCGUCCAGAUUUUACCAAAACAUAAUGGAAAGUGUCCCUCCUACAACAUGUGUCUAAACAUGUCAAAAAAGUGAAAAAAGUGUCCUAAAUGGUAAUGCACUCAAAUUGCAAUCCUUAAAAAAAUCUUAAUUGAUUUAUUUGCUUUAGAAUGCUUGAUGAUAUCACCUAGUUGAUGUGAUGCCUUGAAUAUUUUAGCUCUGUAAAGUAAGAUAUUUAAAUACAUCUAACAUAUAUGCAUGUACAAUAUCCAAAAUAAUAACUCCCCUAAAAAUUCAUGAAUGUAAAAAUUAUAAAUACUAUGACUAAUGUCAUUGUAAGCACAGAUAAACAUAAAUUGUAUAAACGUUAAAUAAUGAGUGGAAGUAAAAAAACAGUGUUCCUAUCCAUUUUAUUGAUAAUGGUAAUGAUUCUAUCAAUUUCUCAAAAUAUAAAUAGUGUUAGUGAUUCUGCAUUUACUCCAACAGGAGAGAAAAGAUUGUUCCCAAAGCCAUUAACUUGUGUGGCACAUGCAAAAAAAGUUCCACACUGUGUAGAAUCAGUGAAGAAUUUCCAUUUCAAAAAUGUUACAAAAGAAUGUUGCACAGUUUUACUCGGUAUUCCUAAAGAUUGUUUUGGCAUUAUGUUUCCUAGGCGUUUUGUCUAUCGUAUUAUGCUUAAAACUGCAUGUAAGUUAUUAGGUAUCAUCAAGGUUUAGUUAUAUUUUAAGUGAUCAUUUGUCAUUCUAUUUUAAUGUAAUAACGAUUAUUCAUAUUAAUAAAUUAUAACAAGAAAUAUGGUGCCUAAAUCAUUAUGUUUUUACUACUAUUUUGUUUGUUUGUUUGUUUCAAGUACAAAGAUUGUUGUAAAUUGAAUGCCAGAUUGCACUCAAAUAUAUUAUUUGCCUCGUCUAAUUCAAUCAAAAACUAUAUCUCAUAUAAUGCAUCAUUUAAAGAGUCGUUUACA